AUGGGAGAUGGGUUUCGUGGACGUUCUUCUACUUGGAGUGCUGGUACCACGUCAGCAUAUGAAAAACCCGAUUUACUUACUGGCGUCCAUGAAGACUGCAAGCUAGCAUAUCCGUUUGCCUCUUUAAGAAGUGGUCAGUUUCCAGAUGAUGCUCUGGGUCUUCAUUUUAAUGACUUUGGAGAUCACAACUCCCCCAAGCUUGUGCCUCAUUAUUCACCCGCCAGUAGUACUACGGCGACUGAACUGGGUUCUCAGGAAUUCCAUCCUCGCUCUCAUUUGUUAGAUAAGACAUCUGAUUCCGACUAUGGAGACACACGUUCAAACCUUCUCACUGUUAUGGCAGCUGCUAGCGAGGCUUCACCAUCGCUAAGUAUGCGAGACUGGAACACCUCUUUCUCCCACUCCAUGCGUCGAAAUUCUGGAUUCCAGGAUGUCUCCUCCUCUUCCACAUUCUCCCCCGUCUCCUCCUUUGGGGCACAUUCGCAGGGUGUUCUGACCCCCUGUGGCACAGGCGCUGGCAGUUCUACCAGAACAACUACCCUUCCACCAUUCAGCUCAUCUGCUCCCUACCCCCUUGGCAAUGGUUCCGGUUUUCCGGAACUCCUUCCGGCCGCAGCAUCUGUACAUGUCUCAGGUUCUCCCAGUCCCGCAACCUCCCAAGUUUCACUUCCUGGCCCUCUUCCAACUUCUACAGCGGCUACACCAGGCAAUGGCGGUGCUAUAAACGCGACAAAACGACCGGCUCGACGGAAUCCCUGGGGAGCUGAGACUUACUCCGACCUUAUUGCCAAUGCCAUUGAGUCGUAUCCUGAGAAACAGGCUACCCUACAGCAAAUAUACGACUACAUAUCGCGCAAUUACAUCUACUUUCGCGAACGUAGUGAUCCCCCUGCAUCGGCCGGCUGGAAGGUUAGUUUUAUUAUUUCGGAUAAUCGACUUACGCAAAUGUGUGUUUUUUGUCUUUAUACUUGCUCCUUAACGAAGUCAAUUAGACGUGCUUAUAGUAAUACCUUUCUUACUGUAAUCAAGUCAAUGAGAAGUAAACGCAAACCACCAGAUGGGCCAACAGAAGUAUUUUAA